AUGGGGUCCCGACACAUGGAGACAGGAUAUGUUGGACGUUGUGCUGGAAACCUCAAUCACCAACAUGUUAAUGGUGACAACUACCAGAGUGAGAGAGCCACGAGUAAAUCUGCACUGGACGAAGUGAGGAGGGAACAGAAGGUGCUGGUGCUGGGUGCUGGUUAUGUCUCAGCUCCCCUGGUGGAAUAUCUCUCCAGAGAUCCUAAUACUGGCAUUAUUGUUGCUUCGAUGCUCCAGGACCAGGUGGAUGCUCUGUCUGUCAAACACCACAAUGUGGAGUCUGUGCUUCUGGAUGUAGUGGAGCGUCCAGACCUGCUGGAAGAACUGGUGAAGAGUGCGGAUGUUGUUGUGUCGCUGCUGCCGAACUCUCUCCAUCAUGAGAUCGCUAAGCACUGCAUACAACAGAAGACCAACAUGGUGACAGCGUCGUACUGCACGCCGGCCAUGAUGGAGCUCAAAGAGGCCGCCAUCAAUGCUGGGAUCACUGUGGUCAACGAAGUGGGUCUCGACCCCGGAAUUGACCAUCUUCUAGCUAUGGAAUGCAUCGAAGAGGUUCACCGCGGAGGUGGGAAGAUCAACUCGUUCGUAUCUUACUGUGGAGGGCUGCCAGCUCCAGAGUUCUCUGACAACCCUCUACGUUAUAAGUUCUCCUGGAGGCCACAAGAUGUUCUCCUCAAUACUCUCGUUGGCGCCAAGUAUAUUGAAAAUGAAGAG